AUGCCACCCCACGGAGGGGUGUUUGUGGGGCUCUGCCUGCUGCUGGCUCCGGGGCUUGCUGAGGUUCCCCCCAGCACCGGGGGGGCCACCCUGGCCUUUGUCUUCGACGUCACCGGCUCCAUGUACGACGACCUGGUGCAGGUGAUGGACGGCGCCUCCCGCAUCCUGGAGAGGACCCUCAGCAGGAGCACAAAGCCCAUCAACAACUAUGCCCUGGUACCCUUCCACGACCCAGACGUGGGACCUGCCACCCUCACUGCAGACCCCUGGCUCUUCCAGCAGCGCCUGCGGGAGCUCCAGGUCCAGGGGGGAGGUGACUGCCCUGAGAUGAGUGUGGGAGCCAUCAGGCUGGCCGUGGAGGUCUCCCACCCUGGCUCCUUCAUCUACGUCUUCUCGGAUGCUCGUGCCAAGGACUUUGAGGAGCAAGAGGAGCUGCUGAGGCUGCUGCAGCACAAGCAGAGCCAGGUGGUGUUUGUGCUGACGGGGGACUGCGGGGACAGGAGCCACCCCGGGUACCGUGUGUACGAGCGCAUCGCUGCCACCAGCUCGGGGCAGAUCUUCCACCUGGGCAAGCAGCAGGUGACAGAGGUGCUGAAGUGGGUGGAAGAUGCCAUCCAGGCCUCCAAAGUUCACUUGCUGUCCAGUGACCAUGAGGAGGGUGGGGAGCACACGUGGUCUGUCCCCUUUGACCCUAGCCUGAAGGAGGUCACCAUCUCCCUGAGUGGCCCUGCCCCAAGGAUCGAGGUCCAGGAUCCAGCAGGAAAGGUCCUGGAGAAAGGCCAAGGUCUGAAGGAACUGCUCAGCAUCCCCAACUCAGCAUUGGUGGUGGCUGUGGAGCCCCAGGAGCCAGGGAUGUGGCUCGUGACGACCCGGAGCAGCGGCCGCCACUCGCUGAGGAUCUCGGGCAUCAGCAGCAUCAAUUUCCAAGCCAGCUUCUCCAGCCAGCCAGGCACAGAUGCCAGCCAGUCCUGGGAGCCACCGGUGCAGGGCCUGCCCAUCUCCGUGCUGGUGAACUGCACCGGUCUGGAGCCACCGGGGCGCCUGCAGGAGGUUGAACUCUUCAACACUUCUGGCCACGUCCUCCUCUCGCUGCCCACCCGGCCCCUCCCCGACUUCUCGGGGCGGCUCUGGGUGGGGUCCCUGCUCCGUGUCCCCCCAGGUGACUUUCUGCUGAAAGUGAAGGGUGAAGAUGCCCAGGGCUACCCCCUGCAGCGCCUCUCUGGGGUCACCUACACCAGCGUGGUCCCUGGUCUCCCCAAAGUGAACAUCUCCAGCAGGAUCCAGGCUCACCACCGGCAGCCGCAGCUCAUCUCCUGCUCCGCACGGAGCCAGGUCCCCUUCCGCCUGCAGCUCAGCCGCGGCGGGACACAGCUUGGGGAGCAGCAGCUCUUCAGGAGAUGGGGGAACAUCAGCUGGUGGAUCCCUGUGGUCUCCAAGAGUGAUGAAGGCUUUUAUGAGUGUACAGCCACCAGCAGGGUGGGGGUGACGCGGGCUCGUGCCUACCUCUCCGUCUCAGAGCCACCACCACGAAUCCUAGCCCCGGGCAACAUCACAGCUUCAGCUGGCCAAGACGUGGUCAUGUCCUGCCUGGUGCUGGGUGAUGUGCCCUACAACCUGACGUGGAGCUGGGACGGGAAGGUGGCAGCACCAGGGGACAGCCGGACCAGGCUGCUGCAGAACCACUCGCUGGAGAUCAGCCACGUGCAGCCCGGGGAUGGGGGCAUGUACGAGUGCCUGGCACAGAGUGCCCAUGGCACUGCCAACGCCUCCCUCUGGCUCUUCGUCCAGGAGGUGCCAUGGGUGAAGGUGGAUGCCAGCCCCCAGCGUUUUGUCAGGGGCCAGGAGCUGCAGCUGAACUGCACGGCCGGGGGCCACCCCCCACCCCAGACCUUCUGGAAGCGCUGGGGCUGGGCACUGGAGGAGGACGAGAGGGUUUUCACGGAUUCCCAGGGCACCCUGCACCUCCGAGCUGCCAUCCCAGAGGAUGCAGGGAACUACAGCUGCUAUGCUGGCAGUGUGCUGGGCUGGGACGAACAAGUUGUCACCCUGGAGUUCACUGAGCCUCCUGCCAUCCUGGCAGUGACACCCAGCCUGAAGGUGCUGGUGGGAGAAGAUGUGACCCUGGAGUGCUGGGUUUCAGGGGUUCCCCCACCCCACGUUGUGUGGUACAAAGGUGGGCAGGUACUGGCCACCUUCCCAGCUGGCACCCAGCGUGCUGCCCUGCAGCUGCAGGCAGUGCAGGAGGAGGAUGCAGGGCACUUCGUCUGCCAGGCCCUGGGGGAGGCUGGCACCGCCUCCCAUGGCACCAUGCUGGAUGUGGGCUCUGCCCCUUACUUUCCUGAGCCCCUGGGGGACGUGGCCGUUGACAUUGGGGACAGUGUGAGCCUGCUGUGCCGUGCCCAGGGCUCUCCCCUGCCACGGGUCACCUGGGCACGGCAAGACGGGCAGCCUGUGCCCAGCUGGCAGGAGCCAGGUGGUGUUUCCAGCCGGCUGGAAGCUGCUGAGCUCCUCAUCCACAGCGCCUCGCCGAAGGACCAAGCUGUCUACAUCUGCGAAGCCCAGAACGCGUUCGGGAAGGUCCAGGCGGAGGUCAAGCUCACGGUCACCGGACACGCCCCAGAAAUAGCUCUUGCCCCCCCCAUGGUCCGUGCCCUGCUGGGCCAGCCUGUGUCACUGCCCUGUGUCAUCCUGGCUGGGAGGCCGCUGCCAGCCCGCCACUGGCUGAAGGAUGGGCAGCUGGUGGCCCCAGGUGGCCGUUACUCCAUCCAGGCUGAUGGGAGCCUGCAUGUGGAGCAGGCAGCCCAGGAGGACACAGGGAGCUUCAGCUGCGAGGUCACCAAUGCCCUUGGCUCACACAGGCAGGAUGUGACCCUGCUCAUCCAUGUUCCUCCCAGUAUUGAGCUUGGCCCUGUCCUGGUCACUGCCACCGAGGGAGCAGCUGUCCCCCUGCAGUGCAAUGCCACUGGUGUGCCCACCCCUACUGUCACCUGGGCAAAGGGCACGGAGCCCAUCUCAUUGAGCCCACGCUACCACCUGCACCCUGAUGGGACUCUACUGAUCCUUUCUGCCUCUCUGGAAGAUGCUGGGACCUAUUUCUGCACAGCCACCAACACAGCAGGCUUCUCCAGCCAGGAGCUGCAGCUCUCCAUCAGCACAAAGCCCAGGAUCAGUGUGAAUGGGUUGCAGGCGUUGGACCCCAUACCCAUCCUGGCUGUGCUUGGCCAGGAGACAACCCUGCCCUGCGAGACUCAAGGCUACCCUCCUCCCUUGGUGGUAUGGACCCAGGGGGCCCAGCCCCUGCCUCUCACCUCCACAAGCUAUAGCGUCCUGCCGUCGGGGUCCCUGCGGCUGGCCGAGCCUCUGCUGGCAGACUCUGGGCUCUACACCUGCACGGCCACCAACGCUGCUGGCAGCGCCUCGCUCAGCUACAGCCUGCACGUCCAAGCUCCCCCCCGGCUGCAGAUCGGCGAUGGGGAAAGCCACCUGACAGCUGUCACCAACGGCUCCCUGAGGCUUCACUGCCGUGCCACGGGCACCCCUGCCCCCCAAAUCCAGUGGCUGAAGGAUGGACAUCCCCUGGGCCAGCAGGAGGGUGCAGUGGUGUCUGAGGAUGGGGGCACUCUGCUGAUUGCCCGUGUGGGGCUGGCUCACGAGGGGCUCUAUGUCUGCCAGGGCACCAACUGGGCAGGGCUGGCCCAGGCUGAGGUGCAGGUUUCAGUGCAGGUGCCUCCAAACAUUGAGCCGAGCCUGGUGGACCUGAGCGUGCUGGAGAAUGGCACAGUGGCCCUGGAGUGCCUGGCCUCAGGACUGCCUGCCCCUGACAUUGCCUGGUACAAGGGGCAGGAGCAGCUGGCAGCUGGGGCAGGCUGGAGGCUGUCCAGGGAUGGGAAGCUGCUGGAGUUCCCCCGUGUGCAGCUCUCGGACGCUGGCAGCUAUCGCUGCGUGGCCUCCAGCGUGGCUGGUGCCACCCAGCUCUGGUACAGCCUGCAGGUGACUGCGCCUCCGACCUUCCCCUCGCCAGAGCCUCUCACCGUGUCCGUGCUGCAGGGACAGUCUGUCAGUUUGGCCUGCGAGUGCCAGGGCAUCCCCUUCCCCACGCUGAGCUGGCACAAGGAUGGCAAACCCCUCUCCACCCAAGCUGGGAGCCCAAAGGUGGUGUCCACGGGAGGGACCUUGCUGUACAUCCAGAAGGUGCAGCAGGGGGACCAGGGGACCUACAGCUGCCAAUGCAGGAACGCUGCUGGCAGCAGCAGCAGGGAGCAGCACCUGGAGGUGCAGGCUCUGCCGAGGAUCCAGGGCAGCACCAAAGCCCUGAGGAAGGUUUCUGUCAUCCAAGCUGCUGAGACCACUCUGGAGUGCGAUGCCAGGGGGACAGCAGUGCCCAUGGUGACGUGGGUGAAGGAUGGGCAGCCUGUGGCUGGAGGGGAUGGGGUUCUGCUGCUGGAGCAGGGCAGGCAGCUGCGGAUCCCCGCGGCGGAGGUGGCCCACGGGGGACACUACAGCUGCCUGGGGGCUGACACGGUGGGGCAGGAGUUUGAUGUCGUGGUGCACGUUCCUCCAGAGUUUGUUCAAGGACCAGGAUCAACAACCAACAUAAGUGUGCCUCUGCAUGGGACCCUGACACUGAGCUGUGAGGCCACUGGUGUCCCCCUGCCCGUGGUCACCUGGGCCUGGAAUGGUUCUCCUGUCACCCCCAGCCAGCACACUCGUGUGCUUGCAGGGGGCUGGGUGCUGAGGCUCACCCAAGCACGAGCCCAGGAUGGGGGCCACUAUUCCUGCCUGGCAAGCAACGCAGGGGGGGAGGCCAGGAGGCAUUUCCAUGUGGAGGUUCUAGUUCCUCCCCACAUUGAGAAUGUGGAUGAAGAGGAGGCUAUCAAAGUGCCUGAGGGUCACCCUGUGACCUUGUCCUGCCUGGCUGAAGGCAACCCCCAGCCUAAGAUCAGCUGGAUGAAAGAUAGCCUCCCUCUUCUGCCCAGAGGAGACUCCUUCUCCAUCUCCCCCGAUGGCUCCCUGCUCCACAUCCCCAGAGCCUCCCUGUCUGAUGCUGGCAGCUACUCCUGCCUGGCCUCCAGCUGGCUGGCAAACCAAACCAAGCACUACCUGCUGGAUGUUCUGGCUGGUCUUGCCUUUGCUGGAGAUGCCCAGGAUGCUGCCCCAGAAGAGGUCACAGUGACCAUCAACAACCCUCUCUCCCUGGUCUGUGAGGCUCUGGCCCACCCAUCACCCAACAUCACCUGGCUGAAGGAUGAGGUUCCCCUCCAAGCAUCCAGGAACAUCCUUCUGCUCUCUGGUGGCCAGGGGCUGCAGAUCCUGAAUGCCCAGGAAGAGGACUCAGGCAUCUACAGCUGCAUCGUGGCCAGUGAGGAUGGGGAGGCUGUGAGGAAUUAUGCUGUGAAGGUCCUGGUUCCUCCUUGGAUUACCAGAGAUGACCCUUUGGAGGAAUUUGCUAUCAAAGAGGUGAAGGCCAAGGUCAACAGCACAGUGGUGCUGGAGUGCGAGACCUGGGCUGUGCCCCAGGCCACCAUCCACUGGUACAAGGACAAGCAGCUCCUGGACAGCGCCGGCCACCUGCAGAUCCUCAGCGAGGGGCAGGUCCUUCAGAUCCAGCCAGCCAGCGCCUCCGACUCGGGGCACUACACCUGCGUGGCCACCAACACCCUGGGUGAAGACGACAGAGACUUCCUCCUGCAUGUCCAGGUGCCAGCCCUCUUCCAGCAGCAGACAGGCCCCAGUGAAGCCCUUGAGGUCUUCUACCGGGAGGAGGACCAGGGUGGGGAGGUGACAGAGCACCGCCAGGCUGUCCUCGGCCAGCCCACUGCACUCUACUGUGACACCAACACCAUCCCAGCUCCCCAGCUCACCUGGUACAAGGAUGGGGAGCCCCUCUCCCCCGGCCCAGGGGUGCUGCUGCUGCUAGGGGGCCAGGUGCUGCAGCUGCCUGCGGUGCGGGAGCAGGACGCGGGGAGGUACAGCUGCCAGGCGACCACUGCGGCGGGACAGGACCUGCUGCACUACCACCUGGAGGUGCUGGCUGCCCCAGCCAUCCACGGUGGCACAGAGGACCUGGCUGAAGAGGUGGCAGCCACUGUCAAUAGCACCGUCCGCUUCGCGUGCCAAGCCACUGGGCACCCAGUGCCCACCGUGUCCUGGCUCUGGAAUGAUGUCCCCAUCGUGGCUGACUCACACCACCAGUUCCUGGAGGAUGGCAUGGUCCUGCAGGUGGCCAGGGUGCAGGCAGGUGACACUGGCAGCUACACGUGCGUGGCUGAGAACGCAGCUGGGUCAGCUGAGAAGCUCUUUGCCCUCACUGUGCAGGAAGCCCCCCGGAUUGUGGGCCCAAACCCCGAGGGCAUCGAUGGAGUCAUCAAUGGCAGCGUCUCCCUGGUGUGCCAGGUCCAGUCCCACCCUGCUGCACACAUCAGCUGGUACAAGGAUGGCCAAGCCCUGCAGCUCAACCAGGAGGUCACUGCCACCCCAGGCUCUCAGGUGCUGCAGCUCCCUCGCCUGCAGCUCUCCAGCUCGGGCACCUACACCUGUGUGGCACUGAACGUGGCUGGCCAGGAUGAGAAGCAUUUUGUCCUCACUGUCCAUGAGCCCCUGGGCACCCAGGACCCGCAGCUGGAGAUGCUUGAUGCUGAGGUGGGGACCUCCCUCAUUCUGACCUGCCAGGGCACUGGUAUGCCAACCCCCACUGUUACCUGGCUGAAGGAUGGGAGCCUGCUGGAGAGCAGUCCACAGCAGGGCCUGGUGUCUGGGGGUGGCCAGCUCCAGCUCAGCCCCCUGCAGCCCUCCCACCAGGGCCAAUACACCUGCCUGGCACAGGGGGCAGGGGCUGAGACACGCAAGGACUUCAUGGUGCUGGUGCGAGUGGCACCCCGGAUUGCCAGCGCGGGGGUCCCCAGUGAGCUCAGCGUGCUGGAGGGCGGAGGGGUGAGGCUGGAGUGCCAGGCAGAGGGGCAGCCCACCCCCCAGAUUUCCUGGCUGAAGGAUGGGCAGCCCCUGGGGCUGCAGCCCCCUUCACGUGCCCGCAUGUCCCAGGAUGGCAGCUCCCUGCUCCUCGAGGGUCUGCAAGCUGCUGACUCAGGGGCUUACACCUGCCUGGCACGGAGCAGCGCAGGCGAGGACGUGAGGCUGCACAGGCUGAGCGUGCUGGUCCCCCCUUCCAUUGAGAGCGGUGCUGAUGGCUCGGAGGUGGUCCGAGGUGUCCUGUCCGCGGUGCUGACCCUGCAGUGCCAGGCGCGGGGGUCCCCUCCGCUGCAGCUGAGCUGGCAGAAGGAUGGUCUGCCCCUGCCCCUGUCCCCCCGUGUCACCCUGCUCCUGGCUGGCCGCCUCCUUCGGAUCUCUCAGGCACAGCUCUCUGAUGCUGGGCUCUACACCUGCAUCGUGUCCAGCCGGGCAGGGGUGGCCAACCGCAGCUUCGUCCUCCAGAUCCAGGUGCCCCCUGUCCUGGUGAGCCCAGAGAGCAGCGAGGAGCAGAUGGUGGCCGAGGGCUCUGAUGUCACUUUCACCUGCGAGGCCACCGGGUCCCCAGCCCCAGUGGUGACCUGGCUGAAGGACGGCCAGCCCCUGGCAUGGCAGAACAACCAGGUGCCCAGCAGCCCGCGGCUCAGCCUGCUGGCUGUAGGGCCAGCUGACUCUGGGCUGUACUCCUGCCUGGUGGCCAGCGAGGUGGGGGAGGUCAGCAAAGCCUUCCCGCUCCUGGUGACAGAGCCCCCUCGUGUGGAGGCUGCAGCCCAGCCCACCGAGCUGUCCAUCGCUGAGGGCACCUCGCUGGAACUGAGGUGCGUGGUAAGAGGGGUCCCUGUGCCCACCGUCACCUGGCAGAAGGACGGACGGCUGCUGGCAGGGCCCUGGCUCCUGGCAGGCAAUGAGAGCACCCUGCACAUCGAGAGCGCUAAGGUGGCUGAUGCUGGGCUCUACACCUGCCUGGCUGCCAGCCCCUCGGGUGAGGACAGCAGAAGCUUCCACGUCAGCAUCCAAGCACCUCUCAGUGUCACAAGCGUUGGGGAUACCCCCAGGAUCACCACAGUGGCAGGAGGGCAGCUCAUCCUGGAGUGCCCUGAGGAUGCCAGGACGCCCACCCGCAUUGAGUGGCACCAGGAGGGCUCCCCGCUGUGGGAGGAUGCCCGCAGGCUGGUCCUGGCCGAGGGACGCUUCUUGCAGAUCCAGGCCGUGGUGCCAGCAGAUGGUGGCAAGUACAGCUGCAGGGUCACCAGCCCACUGGGAGCCACCAGCCUGCGUGCCCAGGUGGAGGUUCAUGUGGCUCCAGAGAUCCAGCCGGGCCCUGAGGAGGUGAGGGUACUGCUGAACAGCUCGGUGGUGCUGCCAUGCCCAGCACAGGGGUGGCCUCUGCCCCAGGUGACCUGGAGGAAGGAUGGGUGGCUCCUGCCCCCUCAUGGGACCAACAGGCUGCAGCUCCUGCCAGAUGGCUCCUUGCAGAUCGACCCUGUCCAGGUCCAGGACUCAGGCUACUACCUCUGCAUGGCCUCCAGCCCUGCUGGCUCUGACAGACGUGGCCUGGACCUCCACGUCCUGGUCCCUCCUGUCAUCAUCCCUGGACCCUCCAACAUCACCCUGCUGGCUCAGCAGCCAGCCACUCUGAGCUGUGACACCUGGGGGUCCCCCACGCCCCACGUCAGGUGGGAGAAGGACGGCCGCCCCCUGAACCCCCUCCUCCUGCCUGGCACCUACAGCUUGCAGCCCUCGGGGUCGCUGCUGAUCUCCAGCCCCAGUGCCCGGGACGAGGGCUGGUUCCAGUGCGUGGCCACCAGCGCCGCGGGGGAGGCUCGCAAGGUCUUCCUCGUGUCUGUUCUCGUGCCCCCCACCAUCGCCGAUGACCUCACUGAGGUGAUUGUCACUCCCUUGUCCCCUGCUGUCCUCACCUGCUAUGCCUCUGGUGUGCCCCCACCCACGCUGUGGUGGAGCAAGGACGGUGCUCAGCUGGGCAGCCGAGGAGGAGGCUACCGCGUCCUGCCCACAGGGGCCCUGGAGAUCAGGCGGGCACUUCCUGCACAUGCUGGGCACUACACCUGCACUGCCAGGAGCGCAGCUGGCACAGCCUGGAAGCACCUCCAGCUCACAGUACAGGAGCCCCCUGCCUUGAAGCCCCUGCCUGGCAUGGUGAUGGUGAUGGUCAACACCAGCGUGGUGCUGUCCUGCGAGGCCACUGGUGUGCCCCAGCCAGAGCUCAGCUGGCACAAGGAUGGUGUUGGCAUCACUGCGGGGCCUGGACUGAAGGUGCUCCCCAAUGGGCAGCUCCAUCUCCUUCAUGCCUCCCCGGGGGACGCGGGCACCUACCUGUGUGUGGCACAAAACCCCUCGGGCACCGCUGCAGGGAGGACCAGGCUGAUCGUGCAAGUGCCUCCUGUCAUCGCGGCUGGCCCGGCUGCGCUGGCUGCCCUGCAGGGGCUGGACGUGCUGCUGCCCUGUGCCGCCCGCGGCGUGCCCGAGCCCCGCGUGUCCUGGAGCCGGGAAGGAGCUCCUGUGCGGGGGGGUGGGGGCAAGGCCACCCUCCUGCGCUCCGGGGGGCUGCUGCUGCGGGAUGUCCAGGAAGGGGACGCUGGGAGAUACUCCUGCACCGCGGUGAACUCGGCUGGCAGGGCUAGCCGGCAGCUCUCCUUCUCCAUCCACACCCUGCCCACCUUCACCCACCUGCCCACGGACGUCACCCUGCGCCAGGGGGAGCGGCUGGAGCUGCUCUGUGCCGCCGCUGGCACCCCCCGGCCCCGCAUCUCCUGGAUGGCCAACGGGCAGCUUCUGACCGAUGGAGUGCUGGGGCACGGCGGCCGGAGCACCCUGCAGCGCCAGGCAGUCACCCAGGCUGACAGUGGCACCUAUGUCUGCCAUGCUGAGAACAGUGCUGGUGCCAUCAGGGCCACUGCCUUUGUCUCUGUCAGAGAGGCACCUAUCAUACAGGGGGAUUCCAGCACCUAUCAAGUGGAGCACCCCGGGGGUGAUACCCUUCUUGACUGUGAUGCCCGUGGUCACCCUGUGCCCCUCAUCCGUUGGAGCAAGGAUGGGGUGCCAGUGGUGGCUGGUGGGCACCUGCUCCAGCUGCAGAAUGGCUCCCUGGCCAUCCAUGCUGUGGGGGACACUGAUGUGGGGCACUACCGGUGUGUGGCGGAGAAUGAUGCGGGCACAGCAGCAAAGGUUGUCACCCUGGCCCUGCAGAGUGCCCCCACAGUGACGGUGACACCAGGAGCCAUGGCAGUGCGAGCUGGGCAGAGGGUGCUGCUGCACUGUGCCGUGGCAGGGGAGCCAACCCCCUCUGUGGAGUGGCAGCAGGACGGGCAGCCACUGCCUGAGAGUCCCCAUGCCCAUGUCCUGCCCAAUGCCACAAUGCUCCUGCCUGCUGCCAGCCCCCAGGAUGCUGGCAUCUACUCCUGCCUCGCCCACAACGCCCUGGGCUCGGCCAUUGCCCAUGCGUCCCUGGCUGUGCAAGGGGAGCCACGCCGGGUGCAGGGCAGCCUGCUUGGUGUUAUCAAUGCCCACGAGCUCGGGGUCACCAACCUGGAUGCCAGUGUGCUGGAUGACCCACGCUCCAGUGCCACCACCCUGCAGAGCAGCAUUGGCAGAGUGCCACCUGCUGUAGGGCCACUGAUGCAGGUGCUGGUUGCCAUCCUGGCACCCAUUUACUGGUCCUUGGCACGCACCAGUGGGGAUGCCCGGAGCGGGUUCCUGCUCUCUCAGGGCACCUUCAGGCACGAGUCACAGCUGGAGUUUGCCACAGGGGACCUCCUGUGGGUCACCCACCUCGCCCGGGGCACGGACGCUGCUGGUACCUUGCUGCUGGAAAGUGUGGUCAGGGGCUCGGUGCCAGCAGGCAUCAGCAAGGCCACCCUGCAGGACUUCAGCGAGCGCUACGUGCAGACUGGCACAGGGCAGCUCUCGGGGGGCUCAGUGCAGAGCUUCCUGCAGGAUGGGCACAUUCUCCGUGCCCACUGCAACCACACCAUCCUGUACGACCCCGCCGCGGGCCCGCAGCUCCCCCUGGUGCGGCAGGUCCGGGCCAGAGCUAUCAGAGCUUCCUACGACCCAGCCUCGGAGCAGCUGCACUUCCAGCUCCGUGCUGUGCUCGAUGCAGGGGCUGACGGAGACCAAUGCCCACCGGGAUUCACUGUGGGCCCUGAGCAGCUGUACUGCCUUGACAUUGAUGAGUGUGCUGAGGGCUCCCACGCCUGCCGCUACAACCAGCACUGCCAGAACCUGGCAGGGAGCUACCGCUGCGCCUGCCCGCCCGGGUACCACUCCCUGGGCACUGGCUGGCCCUGCCUGGACGUGAACGAGUGCCUGCACUUCCCUCCACCCUGCGCCUUUGAGUGCCGCAACCUGCGGGGUUCCUACUGGUGCCUGUGCCCUGCUGGCAGGACCCCGCUGCCGGGAGGGCAGUGUGGCACAGCAGGAGCAGAUGGAGGGGGUACAACGGGCAGCCCUCCCCGGGAUGCUCCCCUGCGCUGGCUGGGGCCAAGCAGCCCCCCACGGGCACGGUCCCUCUACGCUCAGCUCACCCUGCGGCGCGUGGCAAAGGCUGCGGGUGCCCGGGGUGCCCCCUGCCCCGUGGGCUUCACCAGGAGGAAUGGCACCUGCACGGAUAUUGACGAGUGCCAGCUGCUGAGCCGGUGCCAGCACCAGUGCAGGAACAGCCUGGGUAGCUACCACUGCCUCUGCCCUGCCGGCUACCAGCUGCUGCCCAACGGGAAGAGCUGCCAUGACGUGGAUGAGUGUGCAGAGGGCAUGAUCCAGUGUGACUCCAGCCAGCUGUGCUUCAACACCCGGGGAGGUGCCCACUGCAUGGAUGUGCCCUGCCCAGCUGGGUACCAGAGAGGCUCCAGCCCUGGGGUUUGUGUCGGUCUCUGCGCCCCAGCCUGCGGCCCAGCCGGGCCCCCCAUGCUGCAGUACCAGCUGCUCACCCUGCCCCUUGGCAUCGCUGCCAGCCAGGACGUGGUGCACCUCACCCCGGGCAGUGCCCUCCGCCACCGCCCCCUCUUCAGGAUGGUGGAGCAGGAGUCUGGCAGCCCCUUUGCCCUCCGCACCGAGCGGGGCCGUGGCAUCAUCUCCACCCUGCGCCCACUGCAGGAGCCUGGCACCCACCGCCUCACGGUGCAGGCGCUGGGCGGGCAGCGGGCACCCAGUGUCUUCCUCCUCAUCAUUUCCAUCUCACCCUACCCCUACUGA